GUUUAAGUAAAUGAUGAACCUAGCGUAUAUAAAGGUGUGUAAAAAGGACAUUUGAGGAAAAACAGACGCAAAGGCAGCAGUUUAGUAUGAGGGUUCAAAAGACCGUGCCGAAGUUUCGCACAAAGUAUAGACAGUGACGAUCUUUGUUUUUGUCAAUUGCUAGAAUUUCUCGCAUGCCACCCGUAAAAGGUAGAUACGGCAACCCUGCUGGUUCCAAGCGUACCAACCCCACCUAGGUCAACAAAAAUGUCAAAGUUACCCUAACCUAAUUUUAAGAAGUAAAUAAAAUAAUGAUAUAUAAAUAAUUACUAUAUAUACUUAAAAAGUAAACCUAGAAUACAAUUAUACUCAAACCGCUUCAAUGAAUAUGUACUCGGCAAUGUUUUGCCACAGCAUUUUUGCGUCAGACGACCCUAAUAACGUACCAGAAAUAAAGAGGGAGGACAUGAGGACAGACCUACAAGAAGAUCCUUAUCCCUAUACUCCCAAUCACAUACCCAAUGAAACCUACAAUGUUCCUUUAAAGGAAAAGCCUGUAGCAGAGGAGCCCCGAACUGAACCAAAGACAGCUAAGCAACAAAAAUGUAAUAUAUGCGGUAAAAUAUUAUCGUCAGCCUCAAGUUAUUAUGUACACUUAAAGCAGCAUUCUAAUAAUAAACCUUAUCAGUGCAAUCAUUGUGAGGCAUCCUUUUGCAGAAAACCAUAUCUAGAAGUGCACAUGCGAACGCAUACUGGCGAGCGACCUUUCGAAUGCGAAAUUUGCAAGAAACGCUUUACGCAAAAAUCAAGUUUGAACACGCACAAGCGUAGCCAUACGGGCCUCAGGCCAUACGCGUGUCCUGUUUGCCUCAAGCGGUUCUCAGUCAAGUCAUACCUGAACGCCCACCAGUGGAUCCAUGCCGCGGAUAACGGUAUCAGAUGCGCCACCUGCCAUAUGGCCUUCAACAAUAAGAGCCAAUACCUAGAGCACCUCAGGUCGCAUAGCACCAAGGGGUAUGACUGCGAGUAUUGUUCACGGGCAUUUUCAAAGGAAUCUUACCUAAUCAGGCAUCGGAUACGGGUGCACAGCAAAGUGGUUCAAAACCAGCCGAAGUAAUGCUGCUACAGGAUGGUCCGAGUUGAGAAAGAGAAUAUGACCCGAACUAUCCCUACUUUUAAGUAUAACUCAAAAGUGUAUUUGUUGUAGUAAUUGAAAAAAAAACUAUUACGUAUACAGGGUGACUUUGAAGUUGAGUGAUUAAUUUUCAGAUAAUGAUUGUAGAAGGAAGAUAAACCAAAAUAUGUGUGUAAAAAUAAAAAAAAAAUAAAAAAAAUUUUUACCUUGUUUUAUAAAGUAUCCUCCCGACAAGUAUUUCAGUGCGGACCUGUAUUUGAUCGUGAGGUCCCCUGUGAGGUCUUAAGUCACCUGAUUCACAAGCCCGUUGUACUACAUUAACAAAGGCACGAGGGGUUGGUUGCACUCGAUUGGGAAACCGAUCCGCAUAAACAUGUGCCAUUUUUUAUUUCGUUUGAGCCACGCAACACAUACCACUAUUCACUGACACUAACUGUAUACAAAUGAAUGAGAUACCUGUAAAAACAUCGUUCCAAAUUCUUUCGCUUUUUUGUUUCCGAUGCGAUGAACCGAUACGGCGGAUUAUAUCCAUUGUCGCCAAACACGACCACAUAAUAUUGUUAUUGAGACAGGGCGGUACUCAAACUUCCAAAGGGCUAUAACUUUGUUACUUUAAUUUUACCAGGAAAAUGGUAAAGGAAAAAAACAUUUCUUUUGAUCAGAUCUACUCACUGUUAAAAUAAAUGACUCAACUUCGAAGUAUACAAAGGAAUAAAAAAAAUUCUUUGUUUUUUUGUUAGUGGAUGAAAAUUAUUUUGUUCUCGAGGCAUAUUCUCCUUCUUGGCCUGGAUAGAGUGAUCUAUUUAUUGUGUCAUAUUUUUUGUUUUGUUGGAUAUAGCAAUAACAUUGUUAGUUUAUUGCUGCUUUGUUUAUAUAACCUUUUUAUAUUGAUUUAUGUGAGACAUAAUAUGUAACUGUAAUCCUAUGUAUUUUUUUAGAACAGAAUGUACGUUCUGUAUGAAUAGAUAUAUCCAUG